UGGUUGAGCAGCCAGAGACGGUCGGUCUGAUAUAUAAUUUCCCCCGAGUCGCAAAGCUCAACCUGCUCGCUGGACCCCCCCCCCCCCUUCUUUUCCUUACACCUCACCCGAGAUACGGCUCAGUAUGCGUUAGGCGGGCUUGCCAUUGAGUGCUCCGUGGCGUUUCCAUGUGUAAUCACGACUUUCAAUAAACAACGUACUCGGUCUCCCACUAACCACUGCACUGCCGUCGCAAUGCUGCAACAUCUACACUGGCCCUUCGAGGCACUCGCUGCCAGCGCUGGUGCCUCACCAGAUGAAUUGAAGAUAAUUUUCUCCUUUCUCCUAUCAUAUCCGCUUGCCGGGCUCUUGAAGCGAGUCCCGGACACGAAACCCCUGCGCAAAAACCUGUUCAUCAUUUGCACCUCCGUCUUUUAUCUCGUCGGCCUCUUCGACCUGUGGAGUGGCCUCUUCACGCUGUGUCUGACCGCUACCGGCACUUAUUGCAUCGCAAAAUACCUUCGCAGGAGCCCGUACAUGCCAUGGAUCGGCUUUUUCUUCGUAAUGGGCCACAUGUCAAUCAGUCAUAUACAUCGCCAAGCCGUUGACAAGCCUUCCUCAGUCGAUAUCACCGGUGCUCAGAUGGUGCUCGUCAUGAAGCUGAGCGCCUUCUGUUGGAACGUUGCCGAUGGCCAGUUGCCACCCGACAAGCUCUCCGAUCUGCAACGGGACCGGGCCCUGCCGCACCUCCCGUCUGCUCUCGAUUUUGCUGCGUAUGUCCUCUUCUUCCCGGGCUUGCUUGCUGGCCCGGCAUUUGACUACGCCGAAUACCGCCGGUGGAUAGACACGUCCAUGUUUGACGUUCCUGCGGACAUCGACCCGGCCAAGAAGCCCCCGGUGAGGAAAAAGCGCAAGAUCCCGCGCAGCGGCACCCCAGCCGCCUUCAAGGCCGCCAGAGGCCUGACCUGGAUCGGCCUGUUUGUGGCCCUAUCCGGCCGCUUUGGCCACGAGCAGCUUAUCGCCAACUCUUUCAUGCGCCACGGCCUUCUUCACCGCAUUUGGAUCAUGUACAUGGUCAACUUGGUGACGCGACUCAAGUACUACGGCGUGUGGACGCUGACGGAGGGCUCUUGCAUACUCGCCGGGUUGGGAUACAAUGGCGUGGACCCCGUCACUGGCAAGGUGUCGUGGAACCGUCUGCAAAACGUAGACCCCUGGAUGGUAGAGACCGCCCAGAACCCGAGGAGCUACCUCGCCGGGUGGAACAUAAACACAAACAACUGGCUGCGCAACUAUGUUUACCUGCGCGUGACGCCGAGGGGCAAGAAACCCGGAUUCCGCGCCAGCAUGACAACUUUUAUUACUAGCGCCUUUUGGCACGGCUUCUACCCUGGCUACUACAUGACAUUUGUUCUCGCAAGUUUGAUACAGACGGCUGCGAAGAACUUUCGUCGGCUAGUGCGCCCAUUCUUUCUCGAUCCCGUCACUGGUGACCCCGGGCCGAACAAGAAGUACUAUGAUGCCGUUAGCUUCGUGGUCACCCAACUGACAUUCUCUUUCGCCACGACUCCGUUCCUAGUUCUCAGCUUCGGUGGCUCGAUGUUGGCAUGGAGUCGUGUGUAUUUUUACGGCUUCGCUUGGACCAUCAUAUCAUUGGUUUUCUUCGCCUCUUCCGGCAAGGCGAAGCUACGCGGACUUCUCGAGAAGAGGCAGGGCAAAGCCAGCACCAAACUAGUGAGGUCCAUCAGCACCGAAAGCCUCACCGGCAAGGAUCCGAUCCUGGGAAUUUCCAAGGACCCCGAGCGCGAUGUGAACGAAGCCGUUGAAGAAAUUAGGGCUGAAGUCGAAGCUCGUCAAAGAAAGAAGACAACUUAGAGGCGAGAGCCCAGAUGUGAUGACGCAGGAUAGCCCGUGCACCACGUUGUCGUGCGUAUACGAGAUAGGAUGGAUGUGCACGUUCGGAGUCACCUUCAACUACUUUGCCAUAGUGAAUUUAUUACAACGUGAA